UGGAUUGUGUCCAGCCGAGGCAGGCGGAUGUGAUCGGACCAAAAAAAUUCACCUUUAUUCUGGCAUUCAUGGUGACACAUCCAUGGGCUCAGAGCGGGUGGAGAUGCGCAAGAGACAGAUGCAGGUUCAUCAGGAAGCAGCUGCCAGUGUCCUCCAAGCGCGCCACAGAAUGGGAAACACCCCCACAGACGCCUCGAACGCCUGCUGCUUCUGCUGGUGCUGUUGCUGUAGCUGCUCCUGUUUGACUGUAAGGAGUGAGGAUGAGACAAUUCAGAGAUCCACUUUCGAACGCAGGACAGAGGGAACAACUAACUGCGAAGAAAGCCCAAAGCCUACUCUGGAUGAUGCCCGCGCCUGGUCGAUGACAUUUGAAAAGGUGAUGAAAAGUGCAGCGGGUCGCAGCUGUUUCAGGCACUUCCUACGGACAGAAUUCAGUGAGGAAAACAUGAUGUUCUGGCUCGCCUGUGAAGAACUCAAAAAGGAGACCAACAAGACUGUGGUGGAGGAGAAAGUCCGUAAAAUAUACGAGGACUUCAUCUCAAUCCUUUCCCCAAAAGAGGUCAGUCUGGAUUCUCGCGUUCGAGAGGUGAUAAACCGCAACAUGCUGGAGCCAACCUCGCAUACUUUUGACGACGCUCAGCAGCAGAUCUACACACUGAUGCAGAGAGACUCGUACCCCCGCUUCAUAAACUCAGCGGCAUACACAGAUCUGCUGAAGAGCCUAGAGGAGCCUCCCCCUGAGCCAUAGACUCUCCACUGCCACACUUAGCUUUUCAAAAUGGAGCAUGCAUCCCACCCAAAGGAGUUUUGUGUUCCCAUUGGGAGUCCUGCUAUUUAGAGAAAGACAGCAAAAAGAACACUUCCCAAAAAACUUAUUCAUCCAGCAGUAACUGCUGUUUAUUUACCCAUGAUUAGCUUACCAAUCACCAAACCAGAACAAAUGCUAAGUUCAGCAUGGUACAUAUCUAUAUUUUUAUAUACUCCCUGGCGCCUGACAUUGCACUUUUCUACCUUGUUUCAUGAGGGAAAGCAUGUAUCUGUGAGCACUGCAUUUGUAUUUAGGUAUAUUGUGAGCCUUAAUGCAUAUACAGUUCUUGUAGAAACUAGUAGUCAUUUAACAAUUAAUAAAGAAGAAGGAAAGUGCCUUGGAAAAAGAUCCUCUACACUAGCACCUUUGGUCUAACAAGAAUGGUGCAACAUUGAAAUCAUAUGUUGGUGCUUUCAGCUCUUGUCAAAGAUAACAAAUGUUACAUCUCAAUGAGCUGAUAUCUGAAAAUAGAUCGUCUGUGUUUCAAUACUGUGAUAUUAGUCAUUCUAUAUACAAAAUUUUGUAAAAAGGGAAAAUUUAACUGAAAUGAUAUGACCAUGACCACUUAUAUAUUUCUGUAUUUAAAAAGGCAUUUGUGUGAAUUCUCACAAUUUAAAUAAAGCACAAUCAUAUGUUUUUGCCAU